UAUAUUGCCAUUGUUGCUUUUGCUUCCACUACUAUCUCCACUCUCUCUCUGUCUUUUUUUAUAGUUUUUGUCACAAUGCAAUAAUUCUUAUAAACAGACAACCACUCACCGCUAAUAUCUUAGCUUUUUUCACACUUUGGUGGGAACAAAAGCUACAAAUUCUAUACAUUAAAAACUGCAUUCAUAAAGUAGUCUUUUUAUCUAUAAUAGCUAUCCAUUCUCAACCCUUACCCAAUCUCAUUCCAAGAUCUUGAGGGUGAGAAAAAAUAUCCAACCAUGGAGUUCUCGUUUCACAGAUCUUUCCCUGUGGUUCUGUUAGUUCUGUUAUUGGGUUUCAGCGAUGCGUCUUCUUCCUUGAAGAGCACUUAUAUAGUGCACAUGGCAAAAUCUGAAAUGCCAGAGAGUUACGAGCAUCAUACUUUAUGGUAUGAAUCGUCUUUACAAUCUGUGUCUGAGUCAGCUGAAAUGAUGUAUACAUACGAAAACGCGGUUCAUGGAUUCUCAACCAGAUUAACCGCUGAAGAAGCUCGUUUGCUUGAGAGCCAAGCGGGGAUUCUCGCGGUGUUGCCUGAAGUGAAAUAUGAGCUUCACACAACGAGGACUCCUCAGUUUCUUGGCCUUGAUAAAAGCGCUGAGAUGUUUCCAGAAUCAAGUUCAGCAAGCGAGGUUGUUGUUGGUGUUUUAGAUACCGGUGUUUGGCCUGAAAGCAAAAGCUACGACGACACUGGGUUUGGACCUAUACCCACAACAUGGAAAGGCGCGUGUGAAACAGGUACGAAUUUCACAGCUUCAAACUGCAAUAAAAAACUGAUCGGAGCAAGAUUUUUCUCCAAGGGAGUUGAAGCCAUGUUAGGCCCUAUCGAUGAAACCACAGAGUCGAAAUCUCCUAGAGACGAUGAUGGACAUGGUACACACACUUCAACAACAGCAGCAGGUUCGGUUGUUACCGGUGCUAGCCUCUUCGGUUAUGCUGCAGGGACGGCGCGUGGGAUGGCCACACGCGCUAGAAUCGCUGCAUACAAGGUUUGUUGGAAAGGUGGUUGUUUUAGCUCCGACAUUUUAGCUGCUAUCGAUAAAGCUAUCUCGGAUGGUGUUAAUGUUUUGUCUCUUUCUCUCGGUGGUGGAAUGUCUGAUUAUUUUAGAGACAGUGUAGCUAUUGGUUCUUUUUCGGCAAUGGAGAAAGGGAUUUUAAUCUCUUGCUCCGCUGGGAAUGCGGGUCCAAGUGCUUAUUCUCUAUCCAAUGUAGCUCCAUGGAUUACUACCGUGGGUGCUGGUACACUGGAUCGUGACUUCCCUGCGUUAGUUAGUCUUGGUAACGGACUCAACUAUUCCGGUGUUUCUCUCUAUCGAGGAAACGCUUUGCCGGAUUCUCCUUUACCGUUGAUUUACGCAGGGAAUGCUACUAAUGCCACAAACGGGAAUUUGUGUAUGACGGGAACUUUAUCACCGGAGUUGGUUGCUGGGAAGAUUGUUUUCUGUGACCGUGGGAUGAAUGCUAGGGUUCAGAAAGGAGCUGUGGUGAAAGCCGCCGGAGGAUUAGGUAUGGUUCUGGCCAACACCGCCGCAAACGGCGAGGAGCUAGUCGCUGACACACAUCUAUUACCAGCCACGGCGGUUGGUGAGAAAGCUGGCAAUGCAAUCAAGAAGUAUUUAUUCACCGAAGCAAAACCGACGGUGAAGAUCGUUUUCGAAGGAACCAAAGUGAAUGUUCAGCCAUCUCCGGUGGUGGCAGCGUUUAGUUCACGAGGACCUAACUCAAUCACUUCACAGAUCUUGAAACCUGAUCUUAUCGCGCCAGGUGUCAACAUCUUAGCUGGGUGGUCAAAAGCAGUGGGACCCACCGGUUUACCCGUUGAUGAGAGGCGCGUUGAUUUUAACAUUAUCUCUGGUACUUCCAUGUCCUGUCCCCAUGUGAGUGGUUUAGCCGCUUUGAUUAAGUCGGCUCAUCCUGAAUGGAGCCCAGCCGCUGUUAGAUCGGCUCUCAUGACAACGGCUUACUCGGCUUACAAGGACGGUAAAAAAUUACAAGACAGUGCAACUGGAAAACCCUCCACACCGUUUGAUCAUGGUUCUGGACACGUGGAUCCUAUCGCUGCUCUUAAUCCAGGACUAGUUUAUGAUUUAACGGUGGAUGAUUACUUAGGUUUUCUCUGUGCGUUAAACUACACAGCUACUCAAAUCACUUCUUUGGCAAAGAGAAAAUUCGAGUGUGACGCGGGUAAAAAAUACAGUGUGAAUGAUCUUAAUUAUCCAUCAUUUGCGGUUGUUUUCGACACCAUGGGUGGGGCCAACGUAGUUAAACACACGAGAAUCCUCACCAACGUGGGACCCGCGGGAACUUACAAGGCUUUAUUAACGUCAGAUUCAAAAACCGUGAAAAUAACCGUUGAACCGGAGGAGUUAAGUUUUAAGGAGAAUGAGAAGAAACCUUAUACGGUGACGUUUACGUCGUUGGGUUCUACACCGCAAAAGGUGAAUGGAUUUGGACGGUUAGAAUGGAGUAAUGCGAAGAACGUGGUUGGAAGCCCAAUCUCGAUUAGUUGGGGUUGAUUUGAUGAUUGUAAAACAAUAAAGGUUUUUAGUAGUAGGUUGAUUAAAGGUUCAUCACUCACUCGAAGAGGGGUGUAUCUUUAUUGGCUAUUUAAUAUGUAUUUUUAAUUUUAUUAAAUAUAUAUUUGAAUUUGCAAACAAAGAUGUCGUGUUUAUUUAGCUGGAGAUUAAUGAUAGCAGAUACUGGGUCAUGUGUUUGGUUAGGUGGGUGGAUCUGUUUGUUCCCUGGGUGAAAGAGUGAGGGGAAAAUGAAGUUCUCCUUUUUUUUUAUUUCUUCUGGUGUACAGCAUUCUAAUCUUUCAACAAUAUAUGACCGUUCUGGCUA